UAAUAUCCUACCGUCCAAAAAGCGAGUAUAGAGUUUGAACACUCGAGAAGUGCAGGAACAGUGGUACCGAAGCCCGUGAGAGCAGAGUGUCUCGGUGCUUCCAUCUGCUGAGUCGCAGAGUGAGUGGCCGGUGAGUGGCACAGUCGGAGUAGUCGACUCGCAGAAAAGCAGCAGUAGGCUCCAAAGAGAGAGAGAGAGAGGGGCGUGGGAAUCGAUAAUGGCGUCUGGUGUUAGGGUGAAGGCGUUAACCUUGUUCUUCUUCAUCGCGCUGGUUCUGUGUACUGUUCAAAUUAGUUCAUGUCUGGGAGUGGUGGAGUCAGCUGGAUCGGGGGGAGGUGAUCAAUCCGAGUCCAAGGAGGUCGUCAUCACUUUCCACCACUCCAACUUCUCCGACAUUGUUAGCAAGUACGGCUUCAUCGUCGUUGAGUUCUAUUCUCCACGGUGUGGCCAUUGUAAGAAGCUUGCCCCAGAGUAUGAGAAGGCUGCAUCAAUAUUGAGUAGGCAUGACCCUCCAGUCGUUCUUGCAAAAGUUGAUGCCCAUGAUAGACCAAACAAAAGGCUUGCUUCUGAAUUUGAGGUUAAGGGUUUCCCAACGCUUAAGAUUUUCAGAAAUGGAGGAAAAGUUGUUCAAGAUUACAAGGGUCCUCGGGAUGCCUAUGGUAUUGUUGCUUAUUUGAAGAGACAGAGCGGCCCUGCUUCCCUUGAGAUAAAGUCCAUGGAAGAUGCCAGCAGUCGAGUUGUUGGCAAGAAGAUUGUUGUUGUUGGGGUUUUCCCUAAAUUCUCCGGUGAGGAGUUCGAGAAUUUCACAACUUUGGCUGAGAAAUUGCGCACUGACUAUGAUUUUGGCCAUACUUUGGAUGCUAAACUUCUUCCGCGUGGGGAAACAUCCGUUGCAGGGCCGACCAUUAGGUUGUUCAAACCAUUUGAUGAACUCUUUGUUGAUUCUCAGGAUUUUCAUGUUGAUGCUAUGGAGAAAUUUGUUGAAGAGUCUAGUAUGCCUCUCGUUGCUGUUUUUGAUAAAGACCAAAGCAACCACCCAUUUGUCCUCAGACUCUUUAACAGUCCGCAUGACAGGGUUAUUUUGGUUUUGAACUUCAGCAGUGAGUUUUUUGAUACAUUUAAGUCAAAUUAUCAUGAUGUCGCUGAGCAGUACAAAGGAAAGGGCUUAAAUUUUCUGCUGGCAGACCUUGAGGCUAGUCAACAAACUUUACAGUAUUUUGGACUCAAAGCAGAUCAGGUCCCUGUCAUCAUUAUACAAAGCAAUGCCGAACAUCAUUAUAUUAAGUCAAGUUUGGAGCCUGAUCAAAUUGCACCCUGGAUAAAGGAGUACAAGGACGGCAACCUGCUACCAUUCAUAAAGUCUGAACCAAUUCCUGAAGUCAACAACACACCUGUAAAGGUCGUUGUUGCUAACAGCCUCCAAGACAUAGUAUUAAACUCUGGAAAAUAUGUUCUGCUAGAGUUCUAUGCUCCUUGGUGUGAACAUUGCAAGAAAUUGGCUCCGAUCCUGGAAGAAGUAGCUGUCUCAUAUGAAAGUGACCCUGAUAUUAUCAUCGCAAAAAUUGAUGCAACUGCAAAUGAUAUUCCAAAAGAUAUUUUCAAGGUUGAAGCUUACCCAACUCUGUAUUUCAAGUCCAAAGCUGGAAACUUUUCACUGUUUGAUGGGGAUAGGACAAAGGAAGGCGUCAUUGAUUUCAUACAGAAGAAUCGGGGUAUCAAUGCGCAGCAGGAUUCAGUAAAAGAUGAGCUAUAACAAAGGUCGGCCGUCCUAAUGUAGGAAGAAGAAACUGGCAAUGCAGAGUCGGCUGUGUAUGGCGUCUCUUUUCGUAAAAUAAAUGUUUUCUUCCUCGUUUCUCUGUCUUCUCUUUUUGGCCAUGAAAAUCUACCUUACUUUUAUCUAUUUGAAGUAAUAAAACUGUUGCAUUGCUGGUAA